AUGGCAUCUUCACAAGAAUACACCGAUGAACAGCUAAACUAUUACAGAAUUUGUUAUCUAACUACUGAUCUACUAGCGGAAGGUCUGAGAGAAAUAUUUAAACAAGAAUGGGACAAACUGUACAAAUCAACAAAAGGAGAAUGGAAAGACGAGCCUCGUAAUGGAAUUGACUUUUAUAACGGAGAGUCUCCUCGAAGUCAAAAAAGAAACGCUCAUCUUUUGGCCACUAUGAAAAACGGAAACAGAGGAGAAUGGGAUUGUACAAUGCUGUUUUACGCUAUCCUUUUCUCUGAUUGCGUCGGGCCACGUCUUAGCGCAAUAGUCAGUAAAAAUGUGGAUGAUCUAAGAAAUUUCAGGAACAAAGAAUUCGCUCACAUGCCACAAGGGAGUCUCUCUGAGAUAGAUUUUCACAAUGCUAUAAGCAAAGUUGAUGUUGCAUUUCAAGCGCUUAGUCUUCCCACUGCAACUAUUCGAGACCUCAAAUAUCAGAAAACGUUUCAAACAAAAGAUUUAACAAAAGUCCUCACAGAAGUUGAUAAUCUGAGACAAGAAGUUCAAGAAAAAGAGAGUCAGCGCCAGGUACUUGAAAAUCAGCUCCAAAACGAAGCACCCUCAUUCUGUGUUCUCCCUCCUAAACCUUCGCAUGAAAUCAAUGGUCGUGAAAGGGAAGUAGCCAAAAUAGUCCAACAACUGAGAGAGCUAAAUGAGUCCAGUGACAACAGGUUGAGUUAUCUAUACAUCUCAGGGAAUCCUGGAAGCGGAAAAUCACAGCUAGGUAGCCUUGUAGCUGAGAGAUUCUUUGACGACCUCAAAGAAAUGCCAGGUGGGCCUUCAUUUGUAAUGACUUUAAAUGCUGCAAGUCCAGAUUCACUUCUGGAGUCGUAUGCCUCAUUUGCUCGCCAUUUAAAAUGCCCAGACUAUUCAAUUGUGGAAACCCUCAGCUCUAAGGACUCGACCAUGGACGAAAAGAUCACUAGUCUUAAGAUGCUUGUCGCUGUAAAAAUUACCUGUUACACUUCGUGGCUUCUGGUGCUUGACAAUGUCACUAAUAUGUCAUCUGUACAUGUCCAUUUACCACAGUUUGAAAACGAGGCUAGGGCAAGGGGCCAGUUGCUGAUUACGACCCAGGGCACAACAUCAAUUCCCUCAGAAAGCUCUUUUGUUAAUCACAUCUCGAUAAGCAAAGGUAUGGAGCCCAAGGACGCCCGUUCAUUGUUGUCCAGGCUUUCUGGUAUCCUAGAUAGCGAGCUGGUAGGAACAUUAGCACAAAGACUGGACUAUCAACCUCUUGCUUUAGCAGGCGCUGCCGUCUUUGUUAAAGCGAUUCGGCAGGACAAAGCAUCAACGCAUUUUGGGUGGGAGGAAUACAUGAAGAUCUUAGAAAAAGGAAAAAGACAGAAAACGGAAGAUACACUUGUCGACACCAAUCCAGUUUAUCCAAAUUCAAUGACCAAAGCAAUAACGUUAGCCGUAGAAUCACUAAUGAGAUCCGACAAAUUUCAAAAACACCUUUUCAGCUUUCUUGCCCUCUGCGCUCCACGGCCAUUAGACGUCGACAUAGCAGUUAGUUACAUCAUGAACGCACAUGAAGAGUUUGAUGAAGCGGACAAGGAACUAAUUCGCAUGAGAUUAAAAAGUAGUUCACUUCUGCUGUUCCAAGAUGACGAGGGUGGUUGUUUUAUUCGACCUCAUCAGGUUGUGCAUGAUGCUAUAAAAACUGUAACAAAAGAGUGUCCAGAAAGCCAAAGCGAUGAGGUCGUUAGUGGGGUCAUUACAUCAUUCAACGAAAUUAUCGACGCAACUCCACCAGAGAAUAUGAGACUGAACACCAGACAUAUAGCUCCACAUUUGAAAGCUUUAACUAUGGUAACUGACAAAGUGUUUUUGCGAGAUAAUUUCCUUCAAUUUCAUGAUAAGUACAUUUCCAAAAGGUGUGAAAACCUUGGAAAUAUUUGUGAAAUGCAUUGUGAAUUUGAAGGAGCAAAAACAUAUUUUGAAUAUUCACUCGCUUUUAAGCUUCAAGAGCUCGGCCCGGAACAUGUUGAUGUUGCAGGAAGCUACAAUAACUUAGCUAUAAUUUACCACGAAUUAGGUGACUUUGAGCAAGCCAAGGAGUAUCAACAGCGUGCUAUAGACAUCCAACUGGACAAGCUCGGCUCGCAAAAUGUUGAUGUUGCAGGAAGCUAUGGUAACUUGGCUUUGAUUUACAAGAGAUUAGGUGACUUCGAGCAAGCCAAGGAGUAUCAGCAACGUGCUCUAGACAUCCAAUUGGACAAGCUUGGCUCGGAACAUGUUGAUGUUGCAGGAAGCUACAAUAACUUAGCUAUAAUUUACCACGAAUUAGGUGACUUUGAGCAAGCCAAGGAGUAUCAGCAGCGUGCUCUAGACGUCCGACUGGACAAGCUCGGCUCGGAACAUGUUGAUGUUGCAGCAAGCUAUGGUAACUUAGCUUUGAUUUACCAGAGAUUAGAUGACUUUGAGCAAGCCAAGGAGUAUCAGCAACGUGCUCUAGACAUCCAACUGGACAAGCUCGGCUCGGAACAUAUUGAUAUUGCAGGAAGCUAUAAUAACUUAGCUUCAAUUUACCAGAUAUUAGGUGACUUCAAGCAAGCAAAGGAGUAUCAGCAGCGUGCUCUAGACAUCCAACUGGACAAGCUCGGCCCGGAACAUGUUAAUGUUGCAACAUGCUACAGUAACUUAGCUUUGAUUUUCAGCAACGUGCUCUAGACAUCGAACUGGACAAGCUCGGCCCCGAACAUGUUAAUGUUGCAACAUGCUACAGUAACUUAGCUUUGAUUUACCGGAAAUUAGGUGACUUCGAGCAAGCCAAGGAGUAUCAGCAACGUGUUCUAGACAUCCAAAGGAACAAGCUCGGCCCGGAACAUGUUAAGGUGGCAAGAAGUUAUAAUAACUUAGCUUUGAUUUACAGGCGUUUAGGUGGCUUAGAGCGAGCCAAGGAGUAUCAGCAACGUGCUCUAGACAUCCAACUGGGCAAGCUCGGCCCGGAACAUGUCGAUGUUGCAGGAAGCUACAAUAACUUAGCUAUGAUUUACAACGAUUUAGGUGACUUUAAGCAAGCCAAGGAGUAUCAGCAACGUGCUCUGGCCAUCAAAGCAGACAAGCACGGCCUCACCAAAACACCAAAUAAGGUAAGGACUGCUAACAGACGCAAACAACUAUAUCAGUUAUGGAAAUCAUAUUUGUUCUUACAAGAUUUUACGCAGUCUUGACGUUUUAUCGCUUUGGCCCUAUGUCUUUGAAAUUUGUUAAAAUCUAAAAAGACUGAACUUUUCAGGUUUUUUUUCACAGCAGCAUAAGUUGUGUCUCAAACUGCAAGGAUCUUUGAUGUAUUCUUUCUUCGGCAGUUCCAAUUUAUGAAAUUCGUAUAUUUUUUUUAUUAAUAAUUUUAAUUUGAUAAACUCUAAAACGUUUUACAUAUGUUAAUUAGGGAAUCGAUAUUUGGGACGUUGGUAAAACACCUCUUAAUUCAGGUUUGACUGUAACAGUUUCCGUUAGCGCUCUGUUCCUGCCUUCCGUAUAUUAUAUCUUCAAGUUUAAAUUCUUCUAAUGAAAAAAAACCUGUUAGUCCUUUCAGAUUACUCAUGAAACUGAAACUCAUUUAUCACAAUCCAAGAAGGAGGAUGAUGAUGAUGAGGAUGACGAUAAAGGCAGUCGUAAGGAAGGUAAAGCAAAAAUCAUUGUUAAGUUAAAAACGUCUCCUCGUUCUAACUUGUAG